AUGUUUUUCUACCCAGAUGUCCUCAAGCGCCACACUGGAUGUUUUUCCACAGUUUGGUUAGCAGCAACCAGAGGCAUCAAGAUCACCCGCAGAGAGCUUCUCAAAGUCAAUGUUGGGAGAACAUGUGGGGACAUUCUGGACUAUGUGACAGCUCAGGUUCCUCCACUGCAGCCGACCCUCCCGAGGCCUCGCUUCUCCCUCUACCUGUCCUCUCAGCUGCAGUACGGGGUGGUCGUCGUCUACCACCGGCAGUGUGGCUACUUGCUGGGGGAGAUUCAACAGACCAUAGACCGCCUGCUGCGCUCUAAAAGAUGCACUUACAUUGACAUGGCUGAGUCUGACAGGUUGGCCUUGGAUGUGCCUGAAAACCUGUAUAUUAUGGAGGAUGCGGAGGGAGCUCAGGACCCUUUCUUCGGCCUCAUGGCAUCACACCAACUGCCCAGCCCCUAUAAAACACACCAGCAAAUGUGUGUGAAUGGAGAGGCAGCUUCACAGCACUCCCUGCUGACCGGUCCCAACGCCACACUGGACCAUCAGGGGUUCAGGUCACCUCCGGCUGCCAUCUCCCUGAAGGAGAAGGAGCCGUUUGUCAUCCCGACUGCCGAGAAUUACGAGGGGGACGACCUUCCUGAAGUCACAGCCAGAGAGUUGGACUUGUUGUUGGAUCAACCAGACCAGUUCCGUAGAGACACGGAGAGGCAGACAGGCGACCAGACUGUUGCACGUGAGGGAGGCAUGUCUCCAUUUGAUCAGCUGAAGGAGACGCUGCUGAGAGCGGAGCAGAGCAGUGUGUGGCAGCUGGACCAGGAGGCGGGACACCUUGCGGACGCUCCUCUGUCAUCUAUUUCCCGAGAGAUGACCCCUCCGCAGGUUGCCAUGCCAACUCCACCCGCUGGGAAAGAGGGGACAGAAAGUUCUUGUACAAGGGUUCCUCUGCUCAGGAAGCCCGGUGGGGGGCGCAGGCGUCAGCUGGUCUUUGCAGAUCCUGAGGUCCAGAUAUCUGAGCGAGCAAUGAAGGAACAGAUCGUAAACCCGCACGCCGAGACACUGAGCAUGUCGGAGGUAUUGUUGGAUUUUCCCUCUGUGACAAAGCAUGCCUCUCCUGCCCAGCUCUUCAGCGCCCCCUGUGGAGCCCUCGUCAAUGCUGACCUCCUGUCACUAUGGAAACAGUGUGCCUUGCUCACCUCCCUGCCUGGACUCGGGGGAGGAGAGGAGGAGGAGGAGGAGAGGGCGAGAGGGGGGUCAGAGCAGGACAGAGAAAUACUGAGGGCAGAGAGGAAGAGGAGGCAAUCGAGCAUGAGAGAGAUAUCCAGUGAGUCAGGACUGCAACCCGCCGACGGCUCAUCUGCAUUAGAUACGUUGAUAGACAUGUCACGGGACGACAGAUCCAUCACCGAUGUGAUCACUCCCGUCAGCAGAUGGUCUCCACAUAUGGAGUCCCAGCCACAAAUGGAGCCAAUAGCAGAGGAGAACAUCGAGAUGCCCGAGGCUCAGACUAGCACAGAGAGCAGGGACAUGCUGAGCUGGAUCUCCUCCAGACUGCAAAGAUUUGGAGAAGUUACUUUUGACUCUCUGGUGUCCCGAGAGGCCGACCGCGCCACUGCAGCUCACACACUCUACAAACUGCUGGAGCUGCUGUCUGCUGGACAUGUGACCAUACAACAGACUGAGCCCUACAGUGGCAUCACCAUAAGCCCUGCAGCCUGAACACACACACACACACACUCUCACACACACACUCACACACAGUUGUUACUCGACCUGCUGAGGAACAGUUUUUUAUAUUGAUGGAUGUAAUGCAUGAAUGAGAACCUUUGGCUUUCGGUAACACAUGAGAUUAUCAGAGCCACUCAUGAUAGUGUUCAUUUUACACAUCACACAAGUUAAAUGUUUUUAUAUUAAUUGUUAAAAUACUCAUAAGGGUGAAACAUUGAACUGCAUUAUUUGCUUUUCACUGGUGAAAAGAUAUUUUUAACCAUUUUAAUCUGGUUUUUAUUGUUCAUAUAGUUGUAUUUAAAGAUAUUUAUACCAACUGAAUGUAUUAGUGUUACUAAAUUAAUUGUAUCUAUUGUUGUUAAAGUGUUUAACAUCUGAACAUGUUAUACAGUUUGUAAAUUCUGAAUGGAUUUUUAACUUUUUUAAUGAUUUUAAAUUAAGCUUUUAUGCAUUUUGUAUUUGCUCUGUGAAUGAUAUUUAAUAAUUAACUUAAUAACAAAUAUUUUUUAAGAUGUUGAAUUGUUUUUCCACAU